GUGCGGGUCGCCAGUGUUGCGGCUAAGCCGCUUCGUGUCGUUUCGGUGUCGCUGUGCUGUUCUUUGUGGUAUCACCCACACAUGUGUUUGUACCGUUUCGCUGUAUUUUCGAUGAAAUCGCGAACGUCGCAUACGACUCUGUGAUGAUUCCGCAGUGUUCCUUACAUUUUUGACACCGUAGACAAGCCUUCGCUUCGCGCAACGCGUGUUUUCGUGUUGUAUUAUAUUAUAUAUUAUAUCUCCGACUUUCUCGCGUGUCGAGCCGUCGACAUGUCCGCACUUCGCGCGCAAGUGAACGAGGAGGCUGAAGAGAAGCGCCACACAACAACCAGCGAAUCCACGAGCUCCGAGGCCGCGGUAACGCAGUCGGAGGCCUCCUCGAGGACGAACGAAGAUGCGGACAGUAAAUGUACGCAGAGUCGAAAACAUAAGCUGUCCCCCGAUCGAGAACGAGUGUCCAAGGUGGCCAGGCAUGACACCGACAGAGACAUAUCCGCUAAUUCAAGUGUUCCCUCGGACCUGACGACGUCCGGGAACAGCAGGAAGGACAGCGAUGCUUCGGAACCAAAUAAAAUCAUUGAUAAUACCUCCUUAGUGGCCGAGCAUUACAAUGCGUUGGAGGAAAAGGGUCUCCGGCAUAGGAAUCAAAGUCGAAUUGUAUAUAUGAGGAAUUUUAACAAUUGGAUCAAGAGCAUGCUCAUAAAUGAGUAUAUAAGCAAAGUGAGGCAGAAUAAGAACCAUGGCGCCUCCUUGAGGGUGUUGGACAUGUGCUGCGGGAAGGGUGGCGAUCUGUUCAAGUGGAAGAAGACCAACAUCACACACCUGAUCUGCGCGGAUAUAGCGGAGGUGUCCCUGGAGCAGUGUCAGCAGCGGUACAACGACAUGAGCAGCAGGAGUCCCAACGACCGAGGUUUCGCUCCUAUUUAUACCGCGGAGUUCAUUACAGCGGAUUGUACAAAGGUUCGUUUGAGGGAGAAGUAUAAGGAUCCCAGCAUGCAGCUGGACUUUGUCAGCUGCCAGUUCGCGUUCCACUACAGCUUCGAGUCGCUGUCGCAGGCGGAGUGCAUGCUGAGAAACGCCAGCGAGACUCUGAGGCCGGGCGGCUACUUCGUCGGCACCAUUCCGGACGCGUACGACUUAGUUUCCAGGUGGCAACAAUGCGAUGGCAACAAAUUCGGCAACGACGUGUACAGCAUCGAAUUCUUGUGCGACAAAGAACGACCGCCGCUUUUCGGCGCGAAGUAUAAUUUCCACUUGGAGGGAGUGGUCGACUGCCCGGAGUUCCUCGUGCAUCUGCCCACCCUGCGUAAAUUGGCCCUGAAGAACGGUCUCGAGCUGGUAUCGUUCGAGAGGUUCGACACGUUUUACGAACGUUUCAAGGACGAAGGCAGGUCCUUGCUGGGCAACAUGCAAGCGUUAGAGACUUACCCACCGUUCCACGAGGUGCCGUUGCUCGGCAAUCCGGAGCAGGACUAUCAGCACGCCGUUCAGUACAUGCAGAACCUGCCGGAUCAUCGCAAAAUCGGCACGCUCUCGCAGUCGGAAUGGGAUGCCACUUCGUUAUACGCGGUCUUCGCGUUCCGAAAGAUGAAGACGGUCUGGAACAGCGAAGGGAAGCCGGAGUACGUGGCGUGAAAAGUCUGUGCUACACAUCGGUGUGGAGCUGGCGCUCAACUUGAUAAAAAUUAAUCAACUUUAUAAAAAUGCUUUAUAGUUCGAUUCUACUUCACUUUGUACUCGUUUAUAUACCACUUAUGCUUUCGUUUGUACCUCAAAGAGUUAGAAGAUAAAGAGGAUUGAAAAAAUGGCCAGCGCCCAACAAGUUUUUUUUUUUAUUUUCAUUAUACCGUUCGAAAGAAUAUCGCUUGUACUCGUUUGUACCUCAAAGGGUUGGGAGAUACAGCAUUUUUCAGUUUUGACAUUCCCACUAUGGAGAACUUGGAUAUUUUUAGAGAUAUCGAAAAGCGGCCAACGGCAUUCGAAAGAAUAUCGUUUGUAUCCGUUUAUACCUCAAAAGAUUAGAAAAACAGAGGAUUGAAAAAUGGCCAUCUUUUAUCUUCUGUCUUUGAAUUACAAACGAAAACAAGUGGUACAAACAGGUAAAAAUGAAGGAGAAUCGAACUACAUAAAGCAUUUUUAGUUUUUAUAAAGUUGGACGCCAACUUCACAUCGGUGUGCCACACUUAUCGGGGCAAUCAUGGUGAACACAAAAUUGAUCAAGAGUAUAGUAUCAAUUGAGAUCACGAAGAAAAAAAAAAAAACGUUCAAUCUGACAUACACUGUCGAUCGGUGCUGUUUUCAGCAUUUUAACUUCUGUUCCUAAUUAUGUGAUGGACAUUUAAGGAAAGAAAUCUCCGUUUUGCUACAGUAACUGCCGUAGAACAAUGAUACGAGGUGCUGUAGGUGAGCGCAGGUGUUGAAAUGAAUGAAAGUGAGUGACUUGAUCUAGAUUUAAUUUAAUCAAAACUGAAUUUUUAUAUAAACUGAUCUGAUAUAUAUUUAGAGUGUGACAUGUGUGUUACCAGCGAGUUUCGGCUAGCGAAACGUAUUCUCUUGAUAGGACAACGAUGUGUCGAUAUUCUUGAAAAAAGUCCUAUUUUCCAUAUCUUUGAGCUGUGAGGAAGUACGUGACUGUUGGCAUGUUGGAAAUGCUGAUAAUCAGAAUAAUCAAGACGUGUCUGAUUCUGACAUAACAGUCCCAAUGUCGUUAAACAAUAUUCGAUUGUUAUAAUUUUCAAAGCGUUGGACGCAGAAAAAAUGUAUCUUCGUUCCUCUUAUAUUUAAAAUACAGGCGAAUGAUUCUCAUCGCGAAAUUACUUCUCUGCGAAAUACAACGUGCAGGAAUUAUUGUGUUUCCAUAGGACGUUAUUUUUCUGAUGAAAAUACACAUAGGAGUGCAAUGUUUCAUUAAAUUGAUAUAAACAUAAUAAUAAUGGUGUGGUUUACAUGAUAGAUCAAAUAUAUGGUACAUUUUUUCUGUCGCGUGUACAAUCACCUGGAAAAAUUCGGAAGGUUCAGCAAGCGAAACCGUCCUACAAUCGCUGGUAGAAUUUAAUUAUGUAAAUUUAUUUGUGUGAAUAUAGAAACACUUUUUAUAAUGUUACAUCGUGUUAUAUCGCAGAAUCAGACAGAGUAUGAUCAUCAGGCAUUUCCAGCACACCGAUAAUCGCAUACUUCAACGCAGCUCGAAGACAUGGAAAAAACCGGACUUUUUCGGAGAUAUCGAUACAUUGUUCUACUAAUUAAUAGAUCGUUGAUAGAUCAUUGCAACCAAACGGUGAUUCCUCUCCUCAAUUGUAUCUCCAUUGGAACAAUAGGAAUAGAUCUGUUUCUUCUACCGAAUAUUCUGUAAUCGAAGUUUCCUAAGUGAUGAUGCAAACAGCAGGAAAAAUGUACCUUAUACUCGAUCCGUUAUGUAAAUCACACCAUUAUAUUUAUACACAUAUAGUACAAUUACACACACACAUACGCAUAACACACACACACACACACACACACACACACACCUUCCACAUGUACUUUUAUUUGAAACAUCUCAUGCAAACGCGACAAUUCUCGUAGAUUGCACUUCGCAGAGAGGCAAUUUUGCGAUGAGAGAAUCAUUCGCCUGUAUUUUCAAUGUAACAGGAAUAAAGAUACAUUUUUUCGCGCC